AUGAAGUCUGCCAUGUUUAUGUUGUACCUUUGCUUGUCUACAGUCCUGUUGUCCGGUGUUUCGGCUUCCAGACUUAAGAACCGAGGUGUUGCCACCGUUAUGAAUAUCGAGGCACCAGCCAAUUCUACAGAGGAUGGUCUUGAAAGACGCGCCAAUAGAGGAACAUGGUACACUGGUGCAGACCUUCGUAACGCAGCUUGCUAUGAUCGUAACGGUCUUUCACCCUUUCAUGCAACCAACUAUGACAUGAUUGGAGCCAUGGCCAUGAAUGACUUUGAGCAAUGCUACAAGUGUAUGAAGAUCGUGAACAACCGAAACCCAAAACUCAGCGUGAUUGUCAAGAUUGUUGAUAAAUGUGCUGCCUGCAAAGUUGCAAAGGCAAUUGAUCUGACACCUGCCGCCUUUAAAAAGAUCUCACCCAAGGGUAACCUCGAUGUUGGCGUACUUGACAUCAGCUGGACCUCUGUUCGUUGCGGCUCAUCUCGCGGAUAUCCUUCAUAUGGAUCUCGUUAA